AUGACGCUUUUCAAGUAUCUAUGUGUACUUAUAUUUUCGAUAAUUGCAACUGAAAUUGUAGCUGAGACAGUCGUACUGGAAGCAGAGACGCAUGAUACAGUUCAAGUCAAUUCUAGGACCAAGGCCUCUGGUAAUCAAACAGUUUGGCUUCACCAAGGGGAUUUAGUAAGCUAUACAUUUUGUCUGUUGAGAUCUACGAUUGUUACCGUUCAGAAUGUCCGCACUUCUAACGACGGUCAGUCAGAUACUUUGAAGGUAUCUGUCGACGGCGGCAUUAUGCCUAAUAAUGUUGUGUCAUUCGGAAAAUCUGAUUUCGGUCGUAUGUGGAACGAAUUUAGUUCAUCUGGGGAAAUUGGUGCUGUUACACUGGAAGCAGGACAACACAGUAUAACAUUAGAAGUGAUAUCGGCAGAUUCCUUUGGUGUGGAAUUGGAUGUUAUCGAAUUCAACGUUGAUGAUGAUGAGCUUACAAACAAUACCUUUACAUGUAAUUUACAAUGUUCCUUCACUCCACCUACAGUCACAGCCACACCAAACCUAUUGAAUGGCAAAGCUAUACAGAAGAGUACUGAAACACUCUGCUCGGCUGAAACAAAUGUCAAGAUACCUGUCUAUAAUGCAGAGGUCCAAACUUACGAAAUUUCUACAAACGUGCCACAGUUCACCAACCCACAAAACUUGGUAGUAGAUGAACCAGACGUAUGCCCGGACUCUCCUUCAGUUUAUAUGAAUAUUGAGAAUGUAUCAACAGGAUCAAAUGUGGAUGUGGUUACUUUGUCCGAAACUGCACAGUAUUUCAUCAACAAUAUGGAACGAGGUGGGUUGUAUAUUGUAGUUGCAACAUUUUUCUUGAAUGGCCGCAAAAGUGGUUCCAUUGAUGCCGAUAUUGGAGCCGAGGUUACCUACGAACUCGAAUCACUACAAGCUCCUGCAUCAGUAAGAAUGAUCUAUUCUCAUAAAGACGGAAACAGUGUAACCUCCGCGCCAGUUGAGUUUAAUGGAAGUAAAACCAAACAUUCCUGGACUAUUCCAGACUUUACUUGGAAUGAAGAGGGGGCUAAUGCGCUUAUAAUGCAUGUAACAUCGGCAAAUAGAAACCAUGUCAUUAAGUCUCUUAAAAUUGAAAGAAGAAACACAGUUCCUGACCAAGUGGUAGAAGUCCACUCUUCAGAUGUAGCGAAAAUCGAGGUGAUUAAAAAAGAUUUCUGGUGGUUGUCAGGAGACAGAAUGGAAGUUGUAUAUCCAGGUCAAGACCCAAUCACCGACGCUGCCAGUAUCCGAAUUCAGUUUCAAAUUUCUCCAACUUCCGCUAUUUCAGAAGUUUUCUCUUUGUCGCAAGAUGGUCUUGCAAAACUCUUCAAUCCAUCUAGUGACAGUAUUGGUAACGACUUCAAGACAUCGGUCAUCAUUGGACAAAACAAUCCAGAUGACUAUCGACCAUCAGCGCCAAUUCAGCGAGUAGAGAUGGUACCAGGACAACUCAAGAUGAUUAUCACCUACCAAGACUCUGGCAAAGCUACUAUAUCUCUGUCUCCAACCGUUCAGGAAACUAAAGCAACCAUUUCAGAAUUAGAUUUGAAGCAAAAUCAAGGAACCACACCUUUUGCUACUCUUCGAUCUAUGUACAUUGAAACAGGUUACAGUGAUUCGGACAGCAUCACCAGCGACCUGUCGGCAACUGAGCGAGUACUUGGAGGAUCCUGGACAGAAGUUGCUGGUACAACCUUUCUACUUCAUAGAAGAUGUGAUUCUAAAACUAGCACCAAAAGUCCUGACUUGAAACUUACUGUUACAAGCACAUUGCCUCGAGCUUUAUAGAGCUGUUUCCACAAACUUUAAGAACACAUUUAAUGAUUUCGACCUUAACUGCAAGUUUCAACCAGAGAUGUUCUUGAAUAUUAUGAACACAAUUAUGACAAUUCUAAUAUUUGUUUCUUCCAUUGCAUUUUAAUCUUCGGUUAAGUUGCAUAUUUAUACCUUAAACACAAGCUUCUCGUUCUGAACGACCAGAUUAUUUUGUUAUUCAAUGGUAUUUUAUUUAAAUCAGAAAUAGUUAAGCCAUGUAUGUAUUCAUGCAUUAUUUAAUAAUAGUAAUUU